CAUUAACAUAUAUCGUCAUUUCCUUAACCAAUUUCCACAUCUUUCAUAAUACCAAAAAUAAAAGGUAAGGCAUGCCUUACCAAACAAUCUUAUUACUCCUACUUUUCAUCAACCCUACUACAAUAGCUCAAGAAUCAGAAUCACCCCCUUCUUCAGACAAUUACGGUUCCCCUUUACCCACAAACGCCAUCAUCAUCGUCGUUGUCGUCGUUUCCGUUAGCGUUCUCGCAUGCUACACCCGCCCAUUCGUCGCUUGCUUCCGCGCUUACGUCUUCGGUGGAGCCGUCGAUGGCGGUGGCGACACCAAUGAAGACGGUGAAGUUCGUCGGAGAAAUACUGCUCAUGGUCUUGACCCUAAAAUAUUGGCUACAUUUCCGACGUUUGUAUAUUCCGACGUUAAAGUCCACGUAGUUAGUAAAACUACGCCGUUAGAGUGCGCUAUAUGUUUGUAUGAGUUCGUUGACCAUGAGCAUUUACGGCUUUUGCCUAGGUGUAGCCACGUGUUUCACCCUCAUUGUAUUGCACCUUGGUUUAGUGGCCACGUCACUUGCCCCGUGUGCAGGGCAAAUUUGGAAAUUCAAGUUGAUGAUCAAAGUCAAAACCCUCAUGAACCGUCGCUAGCGCCGGCACAGGUACUCCAGCAACAGGUUGAGGUUGAAUUAGAGCCGUCAGAUCAAACCAUGCAACCUCCUUGUAGCGAGGAUCAUCGUAAUGAUGUUAUUGUACAUAUAGGUUCAUCUCCGGAGACCAUAAUCAAAAGUCCGAUAGUACAUAAUAUAAGUGAUGUGGGUGAGCGUAGGGGAUUUUUUCCUAGGUCACAUUCAACGGGGCAUUCGUUGAUUGAAGAUCGUGACAAGUAUACACUAAGGUUAUCGGAGGAGGUACGUAACAAGUUGGUGAAUGUUAAUAAUUUAAAUAGUAUACCAACUCCAACAAUCGUUACUCCACGGACCGGAUACCGGUCUAGGAGAAGUGUAAGUUGUGUUACAACACCAGUUAAAACGGAUCAGUGGCGGUUUACCAUGAGCCCGCCCUUUGUUUCUCGGUCAGGGUCUAUCAGGACGGAGACAGCUGAAUGUAGCAAUAAUAACAAUAACAAUAAUAAUAUAGGGACAUUUAUGAGAAGUCCACGGAGUUUUUUUAAAGCAAUGAAAUCGCCGAAUAAAUCAUCACCGUUGAACCGGGUUGUUCGGUGUGAUGACAUAGGAGAACGGUCAUCGGAUAAAUUGUGGCCUAAUCGCACGUCUCAAGAGUUGGAUUUAGAGGGUCAUUAGUGCUUUGGUCAAUGGAUGUUGAUUGUUAUUUGUUAAGUAAUGUUGUAAUUGGUUUAAUUGUUCAUUUGGAUUGUGAUUGGUUGGGCGGUUGAUAAUUUAUUUAAUGCAUGCCAAUUUUUUUAUUUUCUUAUUUUUUAAAUGUGUAUGACUUUUAUUUUUUAUUUUUUAAGUAGGAAUGAUAAGUACUCUCUCGAUUUGUUUCGAAAUACUUGGUAAUGGUUAUACUGUACGUUUAACGAUUGUUAUAGCUCCCGUCAAAAAAAAAAAAAUGAUUGU